UGCAACUGCCAUCUGGCUUCAAGCUCUGACAUUUAUGCGCGUCUUUGACUACAACUUCACAUCCUAUAUAUCUUGUUCCACAGCCGUCUCGCUCAUGGCAUAAUGAAGACGGGUCUCUGGGCGCUACCCGCUGUUCUCAAGCUGGUUCUCGCCGGCCAACACGCCUUCAGUGUGCAGGAUGAUCUAUUAGCAUUCCCACAGUACCGAAUCAAGUUUCCCGAUCGCUACGUUGCAGAAAGUCAGGCGGCAUUGCAUCUCUCAUCCGCCGCAGACACUACGGAUACUUCUGCCGACUCGCGAGACACGCAAAUACUAUCGCGUGACAAACAAGCGGAUGAUGGAGACUUCACAUACAAUGACGAGUCCUCUGACAGCCCAGCGACGCAUGAGCUUCUGAAGCUUGAAGGCCAGGACUUCUUAUGUCGAAUCCCUACCGUAGCUCCACCGGCUCAAUUGAACGAGACUGAGUCGCGAGCAUCGGCAGAGGAGGAAGCGAACGAGCUGGCACGCGCGAACGAUCGUGGCUGGGAGUUACUACAAGGGAUGCAAGGUGACUGCAUAUACCACAUGAGUGGGUGGUGGAGCUACAGUUUCUGCUACAAUAAAGAGAUAAAGCAGUUCCACCAUCUACCUCCAAGCAAGGGAAUACCUUUAUAUCCACCGACAGAGGACCCAAGUGUACACAGCUAUGUGCUAGGAAGAUUUCCCCAAAAAGGAGGCACGGAGAAGCGAGCACAGGUGGACGACAUUAAGGAUGAGCCAAGCGAAGAGAAAAGCCUUACGCGGCUAGAGACGAAAGGGGAGAGCAGGUAUAUGGUUCAAAGGUUAGGAGACGGGACAGAAUGUGAUCUCACGGGUAAAGAGAGAAGAAUCGAAGUGCAGUUCCAUUGUCAUCCAAGCGCAUCCGACCGCAUUGGCAUGAUCAAGGAAGUUAGCACCUGUUCAUACCUGAUGGUCAUCCAAACGCCACGUCUGUGUAAUGAUGUCGCAUUUCUUCCCCCUCAAAAAGACAAGCCCAAUACUAUCUCGUGCGAAAUCAUUGUUCCAGAUGAUGGCCUUAGCGAACUCACCUCUAGACUCGAGCAAGUCAAUGAGGUCUCCAAGGAGAUGACUGCUGCUGCAUCUAAGCCUACAGUGCCUCUCCGCCCGGUCAUCGGCGGUAUCCCUGUUGGCGCGCAACAUCUUGUGGGCAAGUCCGGCCGAGAAAUCGAGAAAGGUGUUGUUGUAGGCGGUGGGAAGGAGUUUCUGCUUGGAACCCUCGCUGCAAGUGAUGGAUUCAUGAUGAGUGAACGCGAGAUGCGGCAGUAUGAGAUUCGUGUCAAAGAGAUUGAGAAGGCGAAGCGCGACCUAAGUAGGCUAGCAAAGGGACAGGUCUGGAGGCUAGACCUUGUCGAUACUCCUCGAGGAAGAGAGUUCAGGGGAAUCAUUGAAACCGCAGAUGUCAAGGAAGAUGAAGAUGCAGAUGGGCAGGAAGGUAGUGAGGAAGUGUAUAAGGAGGACUUAUAGGCAUGUGCAUAUACAUCCUUACGACCUUUAUUCGCGAGAUGUGAAUGUAGAAAUGCUCACGAUAGCAUCGCUCAUCGUCCUCUGCUCGAUGCGUACGCUGCUCGCUGCUUGAUUACUAGCAGCUCAGACACCAAUCCAUCCAAUGCCC